GAGUCUGCGUGACCUACAUCUGCUCCCAGCACCGCCUGUCCACCAGCAGUCCAUUCAGAGCCUCUGGCAGCGCGGCAGCUGGAAACAGGGAGGAGGGGGCGGACAGGCGGCUGGAGGCCAGCUGCACGCCCAGGACAUCAGUCGCCACCCCCAGUAGCUAGAGAGGAGCCAGCACCAUGGCAGGGAAGCCCUUCCAGAGGUCCUCCAUCCCUGGAGUGAGCAUCCGGCAGCUGGUGGAGGAGGUCCCUCAAGGAUGCAGACUGCCCAGCUUCGACCAGAAGCCCGUCACCUUGGCGCUGCAGGAGGGGAGAAAUGCCAUCUUCCGGGCGGUGGUCUCCGGGGAGCCCAGACCCCUGGUGCGCUGGCAGUGCAGCAAAGGUAGCCUCAGCAACUCCAGCAAGUACGAGAUCUCCUCCGGCCCUGGCGGCAGGGAGCACACGCUGCAGAUCAACAAGCUGACGGGUGAGGACACGGACCAGUACCGCUGCACCGCAAUCAACAUGUACGGGGAGGCCAUGUGCUCCGCCAGGCUCACCGUCAUCGAAGUUGGCUUCCGGAAGAGUCGGAAGAGGGUGAAGGAGCCCCAGGAGGACCUUAGGAAGGAGCUGGUGGAAUUCCGGAAGUUACUCAAGAAAAGGGCUCCUCCCGCCCCCGAGAAAAAGGUGGACAUGGAACAAGUGUGGCAGCUGCUGAUGACGGCUGACCGGAAAGACUACGAGCGGAUCUGCAUGAAGUACGGCAUCGUGGACUUCAGGGGGAUGCUGCACAAGCUGCGGCAGAUGCAGAAGGAGCGAGAGCACAAGAUAUCACAGUACGUCAACAUCCUCGCCAACCUGAGGCACAUCAAGGUCAGCAAGGAUGGGGUGGCCUCGUUUCACCUGGAGCUGGAUCUCAAGGAUUUGGGGAGCAAGAUCUACCUGUACAAGGAUGGCGAGAUGAUCCCCUAUGGCUUUGACAACCAGACCAAGCACUGUCUGCGGCAUCUGGGGAAGCACUACCAUUUCCAGAUCAAGGACCUUCAGCCCGAGGAUGCGGGCAUCUACCAGGUCAAGGUGGAGGACACCGAGAUCUUCUCCACGGAACUGGACGCCAGCGCCAUCCCCCCGCACGUGGUGGUCCCGCUGACCGAGGCCCGCUGCAAGGAGCGCGGCGAUGCCGUCUUCGAGUGCGUCCUCUCCGGCCCCUGCCCCGACGCCGCCUGGAAUUUCCAGCACCGGCCGCUCCGGCGCGGCAACAAAUAUGAAGUGUCUGUGUCCCCUGACGGGCUGACCCACCAGCUGGUGGUGAGAGGGGCCCGUUUCUCAGACAUGGGCCUCUACUCGCUGGGCACCGGGUUCCACACCUCCAGCGCCUGGCUGGUGGUUGAAGCUGGGAAGGAUAAAGACCUUCUGACCACAAGUGCUGACCACCAGCUGCAGAGCAGGAGAGGCGGCAGAGAGGCCAGGUGGGACGCCGACGGCCAGGGGCGAGAUGCCACCCAGAGUCCCAGAUCCAGAUACAGGCCUGAUGGGCCUGAUGCUGGCCGUUUCUCCGAGGAGGCCCGAGGCCCCGCGGGCCACUUCUCCCAGGGCCUGGUCGACACGGAAGUGCAGUGGGGCGAGGACGCCGUGCUGUCCUGCACCCUCACCCGCGACCUGGGCCCCGGGACCUGGUUGAAGGAUGGAGUCAAGCUUGGUGCCCAGGAUGGAGUCGUCUUUGAGCAGGAUGGCCUGGUGCACAGGCUCCUCAUUGCCCACGUGCAGGGCACCCAGGCCGGCAGGUACACCUUUGUCGCCGGCAGCCAGCAGAGCGAGGCCACGCUGACCGUCCACGACGCCCCCGUCAUCCUUCCCGAUGUGAAAGAGAAACUGCGAGAGCCACUGGUGGUCAAGGCUGGGAAGCCGGUGACAAUGAAGGUGCCCUUCCAGAGCCGCCUCCCCGUGCAGGCUGCCUGGAGGAAGGACGGUGCCGAGGUGCUGGGCCGCAGCAGCGGGGGGCCCCAGGUGACCCUGGGGGAUGACUUCACGCGGCUGUGCCUCUCCAGCGCCAGCAGGAAGGACCGUGGCCAGUACAGCGUGACGCUGAGGAGUGACGGGGGCUCUGCGCAGGCCGAGCUCACCCUGCAAGUCUUAGACAAACCCCAGCCCCCACAGGGCCCCCUGGAGGUGCAGGAUUGCCAGGGGGCUGGUGUCUCCCUCCGCUGGCGGCCCCCGCGGGACAAUGGGGGCCGGGCCGUGGAGCACUACAUGGUAGAGAGGCGGCAGGCCGGCAGGAGCACGUGGCUGAACGUGGGCGAGCCCCCCGGGGACAGCACCAGCUUCACCGACGCCCACGUGGAGCGGGGCAAGAAGUACGCCUUCCGCGUGCGGGCCGUGACCUCCGAGGGGGCUGGGGAGGCCCUGGAGUCUGCGGAGGUGCUGCUGGCUCCUGAGGCUCUCCCAGGGCCCCCUUCCGCCCCGACCAUCCUGUCAGCCUCCAGCAAGGCCAUCACGCUGACGUGGACGGCGCCUCAGGGCCCCGGCAGUGCCCACAUCCUGGGCUACAUGGUCGAGAAGCGCAAGAAGGGGAGCCACACCUGGACAGCAGCGAACGACCGCCCGGUGCCUGAGAGGAAGUGGACCGUGGCAGACGUGCGGCAGGGCUGUCAGUAUGAGUUCCGGGUCACAGCCGUGGCUCCCUCUGGCCCUGGAGAGCCUGGGCCCCCGUCGGAUGCCGUCUUUGCUCGGGACCCCAUGAGACCUCCUGGGCCCGUGAGGGAUCUGCAAGUCACAGACACGUCGAACACCAGCAUCACCCUGAGCUGGGCCCGGCCGGACACUCAGGAAGGGGACGAAGCUCAGGGCUACGUGGUGGAGCUGCGCGGCUCGGACAGUCUGAAAUGGACCCGGUGCCACACGGGCACCGUGCCCGGCCCCACCUACACAGCCAAGGGGCUCCGGCCUCGAGAAAGCUACUUCAUGCGGGUGACAGCGGUGAACGACGGGGGCCCCGGCCAGCCCACCACCCUGGACACGUUGGUGCAGGCCGUGCCUGUCACUGUGUGCCCCAAGUUCCGCCUGGACUCCAGCAUGAAGGACUCGCUGACAGUCAGAGCAGGCGACACCAUUCGUGUUCCUGUCCCCUUCGAAGCUGCCCCCAUGCCCGAGGUGACCUGGCUCAAGGACGGCUUGCCCUUGCCUAGAAGAAGCGUGACGUCCACCAAGGACGGCCUCACCCAGCUUCUGGUGCCUUCGGCCAGCCCCUCGGACGCCGGCCUCUACACCGUGGUGCUGAGAGGCCUGCAGGGGAAGGAGGCCACCCACAGCUUCCUGCUCCGGGUGGCAGCGUGCCCGCGGGCUCCCGGGCCCAUCCACCUGCAGGAGAACGUGCCGGGGACGGUGACGGCCGAGUGGGAGCCCUCUCCGGACGAGGGGGGUGACUCGCCAUUGCACUAUGAGGUGUUCACGCGCUGCUUGGGGCUUGGGCCCUGGCGCCUCGCGGCCGACGGCCUGCACACCAACCGCUUCACCCUCCUGGGCGUCCUCCCGGGCCUCGAGUACCACUUCCGGGUGGUGGCCAAGAACGAGCUGGGGGCCAGCCAGCCCUCGGACACCAGCGAGCCCUGGUGCAUCCCCCGGCAUCGAGACACCUUCAUGGUUAAGACUCCGAGGCACCGGGAGCCCGACCUGCGCCAGAAGCCCCGCUUCCUGGUGGGGCUGCGGGCCCACCUGCUGCCCCCGGGCUGCGAAUGCUGCAUGAGCUGUGCCGUGCAAGGCUGUCCCCGACCCCAGGUCACCUGGUACAAGAAUGACGAGAGCCUGGCGGGCAACCCCGCAGUGUACAGCACCGACGUGCAGGGUGUGUGCUCCCUUAUCAUCCCCAGCGUCUCCCCCGAGGACAGCGGCCGCUACAAGGCAGUGGCCGAGAACGCACUGGGCCAGGCUGUCAGCACCACCACCCUCAUUGUCACAGAAUCCAGCCCCUAGCCCCACCUCACCCUGGAUGGCCCUGCCCGGCCCUACAGCCACAGCAUGACGGCAGAUCCCCAAAGCUUCACUUGACGCCCACGCUGGCCUGGGGAGCCAGUCCCGAAGGAUGGAGGACACUGGCAGUGCCUGGAGCCCCAGGGAGGCCGGAAUGAGGGGGCCCCGGGGAGGUUCUGCCAGCAGAGCCUGGACUGCUGGGGGAAGGAAAAGCAGAAGCGGUGGCCUUCAGCCUCCCAGCCCCAAGCUGAGCCACUGAACAGGAUGCCAGCGAGCCUCCGCGCUCGCCGCGUGGGUUCCCUGCUCCGCUUCAGGAGAUCCGGAGAGAACCUGUCUGUAGGAUGGAGGCCAAUCCCCAUUUGGGGACCCUUGGAGAGAGGGCGGGAAGAGCUGGGUGUGCUGUGACCACGGGGAGGGAGGAGGGAGGCAGGGCGAGGACCUGGGUGAAGACUGGGGCUGGAGAGCAUGUGUGUGAGGCUGCUUUCUGUAGUUUUCUUCUUUAAAAGCUUAGGCUAAUACAGGCAAUCGUUUGCAAAAGAA